AUGUUGGAAGGUGUUGGAGUAUGUGAAUGGGAACCUAGGAUCAUGAUCACAGUGUCACGGAAAGAUGUACAAGUGGAGGAAGAGGUGAUAGAAAUCCUGGAAGCUGGGGGGUUGGGUAUUAGGAUUGCAACAGGCGAUGAAAAAUGGGUUACCUAUGACAAUAUAGUCCAAAAAGACAAAAGACAGUGGCUUGAUAAGGAUCAACCACCCCUACCAGAUCCGAAAGCAAACAUCCAUGGCAAAAAGAUUUUAUUGUGUGUAUGGUGGGAUUGUCAAGGAAUAAUUCACCACGAGUUGUUGAAGUCAAAUUUAACGAUUACUGCGGAUAGAUACGUGCAGCAGUUGCAAAGAGUGCAAGAAAAACUCAAUGAAAAGCGUCCUGUACUCGUCAAUCGUAAAGACGUCAUUCUUUUACACGACAAUGCGCGACCACAUACAGCAAGGGUGACUCAAGAAAAAAUUCUUGAGCUUGGAUGGUCUGUUUUACGACAUCCACCUUACUCCCCGGAUCUUGCCCCGACAGACUACCACCAUUUCUGUUCCUUACAAAACUUUUUGAAUGGAAAAACCUCCAAUUCUGAAGAGCAAGUCAGGCAGGCUGUCGAAAACUUCUUCCAGUCCAAACCAACCAUAUUUUACGAGGAAGGAAUUGAUAAACUGCCAGGAAGAUGGGAGAAGGUUAUAGAUAAUAGUGGCGAAUACAUAAUAAAUUAA